AUGGACAACUGUGAUUUGGAAAAGCUCUCUGUUUCUGCUGGGAAGCUCCAACCAGCCUUCUCACCUGGAGUUACAGACUACAAAGUGUCAGUGGAGAGUAGUGUCCACACAGUGACACUGGACGUGCUGACCAGUGACUGCGGAGCAUCAUACAGCUUUCUCUCUGGUGACCGUUCCAGCACGGUUAAGCUGAAAGAUGGGUUGAACAGAGUGGAAAUUGAGGUGGUAGCCGAGGAUGGCACAGUGAAGAAAUACACCGUUGACAUAUCCAAACUGUCAGCAAAGAUUGCAGAGCUUAGUGAUCUGGGUUUGGAAGGAGAUAUUCCACUUUAUCCACCAUUCACUGCCAAAGCCUUCGAAUACAGCUGUGUCGUUCCCUUUUACCUUCAAGCUGUGACGCUAACUCCCAAGGUACCAGACAGACUGAUAAAGGUCACCGUAAACGGUGGGAGCAGCUCAGAACCAGUCCCACUGAAUUUUGGAGACACUGUGGUGGAGGUCUCGGUCUGUUCAGCAGAUGGCACCAUUUCACAGGUGUACACAGUGCUGGUGACUCGAGAGCUGGUUCCCAUGGUUGUGACCUUCACUGAUGGGAAGCAGCAGCUGGACUACGAAUGUCCUGUGUCCUUGAAUGCUUUUUACAGGCCGGUGUCUGUCAACCACAGUGACCCAAAGAGCAUCUUCUCCAGGCCGUAUAUUGAGAUGCUGGCACGAAGAUCAAAAGUGGACCCGCUCAGCGAUUGUCCUCUGGGAGACGGCUGGAAGGUCCCUGAACUGGACCUUGACAAGAGGAUGUCGGCUUCUUCGGUCAUGUGCGUCUUCAAUUACAGAGGGUGCGACAGAGUGAUGGAACUAUCAGAGCUGGGGCCACACUCUCUGGACUGUCCACACAAACCCACGGGGGACCUCGAUGCAAAGGAUGUAACAGAAACAGAUUGGUAUAAGGAACACUUUGCUUCAUCGACCUGUUUGGAGAUAGAGACGCAUCACGUUUCUGAGAUGCGUAGCUGGGAGAAAAGACUGCAAAUCACAGCUGAAGAAGACAACGUGGACAAACUGCGAGCAAUGGCCGACGAGCAUCUGCAACACUACAGGAAGCGCCUCCCAAAACCAGGGGGCCACCUGCAGUACGAGGAGGGGGAUUCUCCUCUGCAGAGCCUGGAGCAGGCUGCUGUUUACUAUGCAUCGGCAAUCCGACUCAGCUCCAAAGAGGCCAGACUCCACUUUCUGCUCGGCCUUGUUCUGGAGGAGCAGCACUACGCCACAGAGAUGUACGGCCUCCAGAAAAAGGCUGACAAGGGAAGAGAGGAGGUGAGCGAGGCCAAGUCCACAGCCCUUCAGGACGACAUCCUGGCGGUGUGCAAACUGCACGGUUUCCUGGGCACACCCACAGUGGAGAACCAGCUGCAGGCCUUGGAUAAAGAGUUCCACCAGCUCAAAGAGCAGGGGCAGUCCAGCAAAGCCGACUAUGUCCAGACACUCUACCUCUGGCUGUCCAAGAAAAGCGGCAAGGAUGGCAAUGCAAUGAUGCGGGACGAGGAGAGCUGCAUCCGCCGCGCCCUCAUGAAGUACCUGGACGCCUGGUCCCUGAGUCCGGACAGCUGGGAGUUCAGCCUCCACGUGGGGCGGCUUUUGCUGCUUCAGGGGAGGAGCCGGGAGGCUCUGCAGCACCUUCAGAGCGGCCUGGCGCUCCGGCCCUCCCACCCUGCUCUCAGAUUCUUCACAGGGCUGGCUCUGCUGCAGCAGGAGCAGAAGCCCUCUGAGAGCAGCCAGAGGCAGGCGGCGCUGUUCUUACACCAGGGCCUGGAGCACUUCCUCAGCCAGCGCUACAGCAAAUGCUGGGUGGAGCCGGAUCCGACGGACCCCCUGUCCGGCCUCAGCACCCAGUUCCUGCGGGGCCUUCUGACUCUGGGCCGGCUGCAGCAGAGGAGAGCCCUGUCCGGGAACGCCAUGGCCGCUGAGCAGGUGGACCGCUUCGUGGCGGCGCUGAGCGCCCAGAGCGUGAGUCGCUGCGCGUGUGUCGGGGAGGUGAGCCGGCAGCUGGAGUGGGUGCUGCUGGACGCUCACUUCACCCUGCUGCAGCGGCUGACCCAGCCGGGCGGCGCCCAGGCACAGGCCCCCGGCCCCAGGCAGGCCCUGGUGGCCAAGAGGUGCCGGGCCCUCACGGCGCUCAUACGCCUCACCACCAUCGGCCCCUGCCAGGAGCUGCUGGACGUGCAGGAGAGGGCCUGCCAGCUGGCGGUGGUGACCAAUCCCCGGGACAGCCACUUUCUGUGCCUGCUCGGUCUGGCCCAGCUCGCCCAAUAUGACAGCAGCCCAAACUCGGACGGGGCCGGCGGGGCGCUGGACAGCGCCUGCCUCAGCUUCCAGGCCAGCAUGGAGCUGGAGGACCAGCCGCAGAGCGGAGAAGCACCCGAGCAGCUGAGAAAGCAAAGCUGGUGGCGGGACCGGCUGGAGGCUGAAAACAAGAAAGCCCCGGCUCAGCCCGGCGCAAGGCCAGCCCAAGCGAAGGCGCCCGGUGACAACAGCGUGGCAAAGAGAGGGGCCAAGGCGGGCAGGGGAGGGCCCAGCCAGAGGCCAGUGGCGGGGAGCAAGAGCCAGACUCCUACCAGCACAGCUCCUGCCCGGGGGGGGAAGGCUGCUCAGCCUCCAGCCAAAACGCCUGCCCUCAGAGGGAGAGCUGGAGCAGCUUCCAAGCCAGAUAGAUCAUCUGGGUCUCCCAACGGCGGUGCUAAACCCAAGCUCCCCGCCAGCAAGUCUAAACAAGACUGUUCCCCUUCGACCGGCGGGAGUGCAGAAGAGCCCGCGGCGGCGGCCGGCCUCGCCGGGCCGGGCCCGCUGAACCGCCCGUCCCACGCCCCCCGCCUGGGUCUGGCCCGGGCCCUCUCACGCUCCGCGGACAAACACCCCCGGGCCCAGCAGCUCUACCGGGAGGUCAUCUCCAUGGCACCAGGGAUCCACGACGCCUACAUCGAGCUGGUGCAGCUUCUGGAGCCGUCGGAGCCCGAGGCCGCCGUAGACGUGUACUGCCGGUUCCCCCUGAAGCCGGCGGCCGAGCAGAGCUUCGACGACGCCUUCAUCACUGGGGAGAUAGUCCGGAUGCUGAUGUCCCAGGAGCAGUACGACCACCCUCAGCUGGGCCCCAGCCUGGUGGCGCACGGCAAAGUCAUGGGCCUAAGCUGCAUUGAGAAAUACAUCGAUAUUUUGGAUGGAAAGUCAAAGACCAAGCUGGUGAAAAGCGUCUACGCCAGAAUCCACGACAGGCAUGAGGAUGACCCAGAGCUACAGGACUUCUUCAGGUUCAAAUGCUGGAUAUGA